GUUAUAAUUUAAACGUUAAUUAAAAUGAGUAGUUUUUCCACAAACUUCAAGUAUCUUAUAAUUUUUUCAGUAUCUGGUAUACUCUAUACCAUUUAUUAUUUAAGUGAUUGUGAUCUAUUAGUAGAGGAAAAUAUUAUUGGACCCUUUUUGUUGUACAAUAAUCGAUGCAAAAUAGUUAAUUUAAUUGCAUUUAAUAAGGAAGCGUUGCAAUUCCAUCAUCCUAAGCCACAUAUACCAUGCCGAACACGAGAACUCUUAAGUUUUAUUAGAAAAGAAAACAACACUAAUAUUUUGCAUAUAAACAAAUACGUAAUUUCUCAAUAUUCCGAAAACGGAUUAUUUUGUUGUUAUUCUAAUAUAACAAGAUACCAAAAUGACAAUAAUAUUAAAAUAUCCCACUGUAAAGAAUUUGAGGACCAUGUUAAUGUAUUGAAUGAUGUAUUUGUGAAAUGUUUUGACUCUGAGGAUAACAAAACGAAAAUUUAUGAGAAUACACAUUCCACAGUGACAAUAAAUGAAAAUGUCAAAAAGAAAAUCGAAAAUCAGAACACUUCAGCCAUUAGUCUAACUCUAAUAGGAAUAGACAGUAUAUCUCGUUUGAAUUUUAUUCGUGUGAUGCCUAAAACUCACGCAUUCGUCGAAUCAAAUGGUUUUAUUUCUUUAAAAGGUUACACCAAAAUUGGAGAUAAUACGUUUCCUAAUGUUAUGGCAUAUCUAACCGGAAUGAACUUAGCACAAAUUCAUGCUCAAUGUAACCCUAGGGAAAUUGAAAAAUUGGAUAACUGUUCUUUCAUUUGGUAUGAUUUUCGCAAUUUCGGUCACGUGACAGCAUAUGCAGAAGAUGAAUCCGCGAUUGGGACAUUUAACUACCAUAAAAAGGGUUUCAGUAAUCCACCCACUGAUUAUUACUUUAGGCCCUACGUGAUGGCGUCCGAGAAGAUGGAAUUAAAAAAAUUUCAUAAUAUCAUUUAUUGCACGGGUCCUGAAUCUUUCGCUGAGAAGAUAAUGAAUAUUGCAAGAGAUUUUGAGUUUACAUUAAAGCACGCCAAAACUUUUGGAUAUUUUUGGAUGAACACUUUCAGCCACAGUGACUUAAACUUACCUGGAAGUCAGGAUGCCAACGUAACCAAUUUUUUACAAGAUUUGAAAGACCAUGGAAUUUUCAAUAAAAGUAUUAUUAUAUUCAUCAGUGAUCACGGCAUGCGGUUUGGAGAUAUUAGAAAUACACAUACUGGAUGGUUAGAGGAACGAAUGCCGUUCAUAUACUUUUCUUUCCCUCCAAUUUUUAAGGAAAAGUUUCCAGAAGAGUAUUCAAAUUUUAAAUUGAAUGAAAGAAAGUUGACGAGCCCUUAUGACUUGUAUAUGACUUUCCAACACAUCCUAAAACUGUCGGAAUAUGAUUAUGAAAUAAAACGCAGUUUAGCUUGUCCUACAUGUAUGUCGUUAUUUGAAAAUAUUCCUUUUGAAAGAUCCUGCUUUGAAACUGGAAUUCCUGAAGAGUAUUGCACAUGUGCUAACUAUCACAAUGUUAUUUUGCAAAAAGAGCAGCUUUCAAAAUUUAGCACGCUUUUAAUAAAUAACUUAAAUAAGCUAAUCGAAAAGAAUGCACAAUGUAUGUAUUACAAUUUGAGUAAAAUUACGAGUGUGGAUGUAUCAGAUGAAAACCCAAACAAACAUUUGCAUUAUGUGAUCAGAUUCGUAACUUUUCCUUUUGCUGUAUUCGAAGGAUCAAUAUAUGCAACCAAACAAUCGAUUUCCGUGUCCAAGGAAUUUAGCAGACUAGAUGAAUACGGGUCUAAAAGCAAUUGCGUCGAUGAUUCCAUUUUAAGGAAGUAUUGCUAUUGUAAAUCGAAACAUGAAUUAAAUAUAAAAAAUUAAUCAAUUAGCGACAAAACAAAAUUAUGUCUUUAGUUACACUUAUUUUAAAAUCUAUGUUAUUUUUUUAUUAUGUUGUAUCUUUUAUUAAAUAUUAGGAAAACUACGAAAGAAAAUAAUAAAUAAAAUGUAAUUUAAUUGUGA